AUGCGUUCCCUCUUCCUGAUCAGUUUCCUCUUUGGCUUGGCUUUGGCCUUGCCGGAAUCACAGCUCUCAUCCUCAACCCCGGCUCCUGAAGGAAAUGGAACCUCCGAUGAGGCCGAGGUACCUGCCUUCUCGCCCUUCAGUCUGGGCGAUGGCAAGUACGCCAUUAGCACCUUUGCCAAGGUCAACUGGUUCCAGGCCCAGGCCACCUGUGCCGCCUAUGGGUACACGCUGGUGAGCAUCACCUCGGAGACUGAUCAGCGCAUCCUGCGCAACUUCCUCUACACCUACGCCCGGAACCAGCAGGACCUGCUGGUCGAUCCGCUCUGGACCUCCGGCACCGACCUGGCCAGCAACAACAACUGGGUGUGGUUCAGCAAGGGACGCGCCCUCAACUAUCGCAACUUCCAGAACGGAUAUCCCACCACCAAUGGUUACCGUCACUGCGUCAGCAUCAACGGAAUCACCGGACACUGGGUGAACGAGGAUUGCGGCGAACAGCGCUACUUCAUUUGCGAGAAGCGUUGUGAGUUUAACGACGACCUUAAUUAACCUAAAGACUUGCGAAAUUAGUCAAAAAACCAUUUGGUGUUGGUUAAUUAAAGAAAGAGCAAAAUAAGUGCAAGCAAAUAACGAAAAUGGGAAUGAGUUUUUAAUUUGAAAAUAAUUGCCUUAAAAACUGUAAUAAAGAAAAAAUCAAUCAUCGUUGAGUUCAAUAUAA